AUGCCGCCCGCACCGGAUUCCAGCGGGUCGUUUACAGCCCAACUGCCCUCCAUUUCUCGAUUAGACCACCGUUCUCCUCCGCCGCCGCCGACAUUAUCCAACAGCCUUCAUUCCUCGUCAACGACGUCCCUCUCAGCCACAACAGCUACUGCCACUAUACCACACGCGCCGCUGCCACCUCCACACAAUGGUCAUGAUCGAACGGUCCUACCGCCUCUGAGUAGCCUUACCGGUGGCGAGCUCCUCGGUCAUAGUCCCAUGCUCGACCCUGUUGAUCGUCCUUCGCCGCCUCCCUGGUCGGCCUUGAACCCCCCUUCUCAAUCAUAUCGCAGUGCCGACAGCCCCAAUACUAUGGACAUUGACGCUUCAAGCAACAGCGCCGUCGGUACGGCGUCACCAGACACGCGUGCCGAACAGCGCGCUGCGAGCGUCAGUCUUGAUGAUCCCGACGUCUGGCUCGCUGCCAAAGCCUUGGGUGAACUUCGGGCUGAUUUCGUUUCGUCCCCACCUGCUACCGGCAGUGCCCUUUCCAUGAGCCCAUCACCCGCCGCCCAGCUGCCUGGCCAGCGACCGACACGAGAGUCCGGGCCGCUGUUUAACCUGCUCACUGCGUCACACCCUCUACUAGCCACGACUAUUGAGGGCGCUACAUCGGCCUACGGCGGUGCCAAGAACUUCUCACCCCGCUUCAAGUCCGGAGCAGAGUAUGUCGAGGGAUAUCUAACACCCAUUGCCAACACGGUCGGUUCAGUCGGCCGCGUGACUGGAGUUGAGGGUGGUGUGCGCUGGAUCCUGAGCCGGAGACAGGACUCGGACUCGGAGGCAGCGGGAGGCUCCAAGAAGCGACGCAAGGUGGAUGCUUCCGGUGCUGAACCCAGCUCCAAGAAGCGCAUCGAGACCGAGGCCGUAUCGGGGCUCCCCUCGGCUUCUGUCGAGGUUGAGAACUCGCACGAUUCGUGCCCGCCUACCCCCAAGAGUAGCAGCCGACUCUCUAUUGCCAGCACAGCUGAGACAUUGCCAGCAUAUGACGACAUGCGCUCGCCGGCAUAUACUGAGACGAUGGACAACCAGGGCGCUGCCACGGCUCCCCGCGCCAAUGCCCCCUGGAAGUCACGCAUCCUCAUCUCAACUUCGGGCUUGAGCGUUGCCAUGAGCGACGAGAGCUUGCGCAGCCUCAAGUACUGCCUCCGGUGGCUACGUUGGGCUAACCACCACAUGGGAGGUGUCAUUGGUAACCUCAAGACGACGGUGGAACAGUACGAGAAGCCAGAAGACGAGACGAUGUCGGGCUUGGCUGCCGCUGAAAUGGCGCAGGAUCCGGCAGCUCUCGGCCAGCAGGGAGGGGUGGCGGGAGCUGAUGCCCGGGCAGCUCAGCAAGUCUCCCGUGCAGAGCUCGCCCGCCGCAUCAAUGCGCUGAAGGGGGACGUUCUCAAGACACUGCAAGACGCCAUCAACACGGUGUCGAGGUAUGCCGGCGGAGCCCUCCCUGAGAAUGCCAGGGUACUUGUGCACCGGCACCUGACCAGCCUGCCCCAGCGCUUCCGUCUGGCCACGCUGUCUACGCAGGAGACCCAGAUCAACGGCCAGGACAAGGACUCGGCCGUGCGCGACGGGGCACACAAGGUUCUCGUCCUGGCCAAGGAGGGCCUCGACAUGGUAACGCAAGUCAGCGCGAUUGUCGACGGCACCAUUGUCAGUGCAGAGGAGUGGUGCGAGCGCAUGGGCCGCAAGAGGCCCUCAGAUACUGACAAGGAUGGCGCAGACGGUACCUCUCUGUUGCCGCAGCAUGAGCCCAGGGACCAUGGCGUCAAGAUGGGUUGA